AUGUAUCGUAUCGCAACAAUCGCCCUCAUCCUUGCAGUCUACGGCGAUGGCCAUAAAUACCCUGCAGAUCCCGAGUUCGCUCAGUCAUAUGCUGUACGUGCCUGCGAAUGCAUUGGUAAAAUACGUAAUAACUGGGUACUGGCUGAGAAUAAAGCUGCGGUCGACCUUCUCUAUAACACAAUCCAGAAUAUUGCCUGGAGAGUCAUGACUCAUCCGCAAAUGCGCCUUCUCUGUAGGUUUUCCGGGCAUUUGAUGUACACGGAUCCACUUAGACCUGCAGCUGACGGGGAGCUCACGUUGGACUGGGUUGCUCAGAUGAGAAAACGAACGGAGGAGAUCACAGGCGGAUCGGUGGAUGGUCUACAGUCUAUCAACAAACAAGACAAGCCUUCCGGUACCUAG